CAACCCACCCAUCCAACCCCCUCUCUGGCGGGUAACUGUAUAACUGUUGCUUGACGCCACAGCUCCGCCCCACAGCCUUACGUUUUCUCCCAUGCGAUUUACCCACCGUUCUCUCGAUCUUCCUCAGAUUCUUCUCCGUUUCACUGUCACAGAGGUAACCGGAGCUUGGAAAUGGGGAUAGAAGGGAGUUUCGGCGGAAGUGGUGACGAGGCGGUGGAAUCUACGCCGCGUGCUUCGAGUGCUGCGUGUUCAUCCACCGUCGAUGAGACGAUGUUGCUUCUGCGAUCGGACGAUCUGGAUUCGAGGUUGCAGGCGGCGAAGAAUAUCCGGCGUCUGACGAAGACUUCGCAGAGGUACCGGCGUCAUUUCUGCGGUGCGGUCGAGCCGCUGGCGGAAAUGCUCCUCUGCGACUCCGCGGAGGCAAACGAAGCCGCGCUUGCCGCGCUGCUUAACCUCGCGGUUAAAGAUGAAACGAACAAGAUAAACAUAAUCCAAACAGGUGCGUUGAAGCCGAUCAUUCGUUUCCUUCAGUCAGAUAAUUCAACCUUGCAAGAGCAUGCAGCUGCAGCUUUGAUCACUCUGUCUGCAUCCCCAACCAACAAGCCAAUUAUCAGUGCUUCCGGCGCAAUCCCUCACCUUGUCGAUAUCCUAAGCCAGGGAGGAUCCCAAGCUAAAUUCGACUCCGUAAUGGCUCUAUACAACUUAUCGACUCAUCCAGACAACGUCAGCCUAAUCCUUCAAUCCAAGCCCAUCCCCCCCUUAAUCAGUCUACUCAAAUCCUGCAAGAAAUCCUCCAAAACAGUCGAGAAAUGCACUGCCCUGAUUGAAUCCCUGGUCAGCUUCGACGAAGGGAGAAUGGUUCUGACAUCCGAACAAGGCGGGAUUCUGGCCGUGGUAGAAGCACUGGAGGGCGGAUCACUUCAAAGCCGCGAACAUGCUGUGGGAGCACUGCUGACAAUGUGCCGAAGCGACCGGUCCAAAUACAGAGAGCCGAUCCUUAAAGAGGGCGUCAUCCCGGGGCUCCUGGAGCUGACGGUUCUGGGAACAGCCAAGUGCCAGUCGAAUGCGCAGACGUUGCUGCGGCUGCUGAGGGACAGCCCUUGUCCAAGAUCGGAUCUGCAGGCGGACACUCUGGAGAACAUUGUGUGCAACAUCAUAUCGCGGAUCGAUGGUGACGAGCAGAACGCGAAGCAGAUGCUUUCGGAUAUGGUGCGAGUCAGCAUGGAACAGAGCUUGAGACACCUGCAGCAAAGAGCCCUGGUUUGCACCCCCACCCCCACCCCUACCUCCACCCCCACCGGGUCUGAAGUUCCAUCCAAGUAAAAUCUCUAUCUCUGUCUCUCUUUCUCUGUCCAUAUGGUUCGAUUGAAUCAACACCGAUAUAUUGUUCAUAUAUAUAUAUAUGAAAU